GUGCAGGCUCCCUCCUGCACGCCUGUUGUUUUUUAAACUGUGAGCUGUAUGAAUGGGAUUGUAGUACAGAGAGACUACAAUCCCUAUAAAAACCUAUAAAAACUGCAAAAACUGGGUUUUCUGCUGUAAAGAGAAACAUGUCGGCUCCAGUAAAGAAAGCUUUGGCAGACAUAUUUGAAAGCCCGAGCGAUGAAGAAGAGUUUCUUGGAUUUGGAGUUGAUUCUCCAGAGGAGAUCUCUGAAGAGAGCCGAGACAGCCUCCGCUCACAGACCUCCUGGAAGCCAGCCCUUAACUUUAAGUCUAGGUUCAUCACAGAUGAGCUGGCUCAUAUCUUCAUGGACACGGACAGUGAAGAGGAGUUUGAAGGCUUCGGUAAAGAUGAGAGAUCCCUACGCAGCAAUUGGAUGAGCCCUAAGGUUGUGGAAUCGGAGGAAGACAGCGAUGAUAUCGGCUUUUAUUCAGAUGACGACAAUCCAGCCCCUAAGAGAAGGCAGAGUUCUGGAUUGUGUGUCGCGUUCAGGUUUCCUGGCAGACGAAGCUCCACCCACGAAAGCCCGGUGCCAAAGAAAUCCUCUGUAAAGCCCAAACCCAGGGUUCCACCAGUCAGCGCUCAGCCGGCAGUGAGGACCAGAAAAAGAAGAGGCGGCCAAGCAGAUGCAGCUCUGCCGUCUAAAAUUAGACACACUGAGAAAAGCUCUGGAAUUGCGAGAAAUGAAUCUGAGGAGGAAAAGGAGGAGAAGGAUGAGCUGACCGAGGCAGAAAUACAGAUACUGAACAGAAGAGCCAAAAAUAUUCAGGAGAACAAAGCUAUGCUUGCUAAGCUUUUUGCGGACCUGAGCUCCUUACCAGAACUUUCCCCAAAAACUACACCCAUAAAGAAGAAGAAGCAGUACUCUCCCAGAAAGCCAGUGUCUGAACCACAGAACGAGAGGCGGAACCCCAGCCGUAAGGCCCGCCCCCCAGAGCAUUUCGGGUUGGAAAAGGAGCAGGAGCCUCUCGUUACCUCUAAACCAAGAAAAAGCAUUGAAAUGCACCUGGAGAACCUGAUGAAGGUUGAUGCUGAUCUAAUGGAAGAUGGAGGCAGGAGGAAAAGGAAGUACAGAAAGCGCACAUCUGUGAGAAUGCCAGACGACAUCACUGAGGAAGAGCUGGAGAAUGUAGCUGAUCGUGCUAAAGACAAAAUUCUUGAUAAAGACCAUGGCAGCACAUGCCAUCAGUGCAGACAGAAGACUUUGGACACUAAGACCGAGUGCAGGAACCCUUACUGCCAGGGGGUCAAAGGGCAGUUCUGUGGACCCUGCUUGAGGAACCGUUAUGGAGAAGAUGUUCGCACAGCUUUACUAGACCCUGAAUGGGAGUGUCCCAUCUGUCGAGGUGUGUGUAACUGUAGCCUGUGUCGGAAACGAGAUGGACGCUGUGCCACCGGUGCCCUCACCAACUUAGCCAAAUAUUACGGCUAUCACAACGUGAAAGAGUACCUAGAAAGCCUGCAGAAGAGUGAUGACUGAAGACUGAUGACUGGCUGAUGUUGGGAUCCAGCAACUGAUCUUCAUGAUCCUUCAGUUUAGUCUGAGAGAUGAGUGUCGUUCCCUGCAGUGUGCAGAGCUCUAAAACUGAUCAGAGAAAGAUGUACAGCAGUGUUUCAUCCAGCCUCACUGUAGAGGUUUGAUUCAGAGACGCUUGUUUCUCCUGUAAAAUCAUUUAAUUCUGUUUUUAAAGAUUUGACUGCUCUUUAUUUUUACCGGCACCUAGAUUUGAUGUUUCUUCUGUAACCUUUAGCCUUAUAGCUUUUAAUGAUGAAUAAUCAUAUUGUCUGUCUGUAGGUAAGUAAAGGAUUAUAGCCUCAGAUGUGCAAAGGAUUAAAAAGCCAGUCAGAGUUGCUUGUGGAUUUAGGAGACUUGCUCAUCUCACUUGUGCACUUUUUUUUUAAACAUGCACUUGGUUUAAGAUCAAAAAUGACUAAAAACAUUUUUUUUUUUUUUUAAGUUUGACUAAAUCAGUUUUAUAUUAGAUUUUUCUGUAAAAGCUGAUUUUUGUUUUGUUUUUUUGUGUUGUCUUUGCCACUUUUAAAACCAAAUUGGGAAUCAAACUUGACUUGAUUUUUGCUCCUUAUGCUCGGUUCACACUACAUGAUUUUAGACCUGUUUUUUUUUUUGUUUGUUUGUUUAGAAUGGAAGCCACCAAGCCUCAGAUCAAAAUCUGCAAGAGGCAAAUCUAUGUUCACUUGGUACUGGCUGAGUUUUUGUGUGUUGAAAACCUUUAAUAUCUGCACCUUUUAGUGACUUUAGGGGUGUUUUAAGACACCUGUAGUUGGUUUCUAUGGUCCGGAUUGUUUCCUCCCCCUAUUUCUCCUCCAUAACAAGUGACUGGAAGCGUCUUCUCCCUGUGUUCGGUUUGGUUUCACACAGACAUAAACCUAAAUGCACCAAAAUCUGCACCAAUCUGAAAGUAAAUAUAGUGAAAAGAUUAUGUAAAGCUGCUUUAACAAACAAAAUAAAACUCUGUGCUUUCAAACAGUAAACAGUUGGGCAGAUGUGAGCAGUGAACUCUGCACAUGCCGCACUCUUAGUGUGUAAACAGCGUUUGCUCAUAACUGUGGUAAUUAGCGUUUUCUGGCUAGUAUAUCAGAUUAAACUGCACCUUAACAGAAGUGUAUUAGAAGUUUAGCUCAAAUAAAAUCAGUAUAUUUGAUAUCUGGGUCAGAUCGAGACCGGAUCACGUUCUCACCACAAAAGAACCGCUUCAGAAUUCAUUUAGGACUAAACUCAGACCAUCUCCACAAGCAGGUCUUAAUCCGGUUGUUUCGAUCCUGUAUUCACACCUGCUUAUUGAACCGCAGUAAGAGUACAAAUGAACCAGAGCCCAUUUUAACCAGACCAAAAAAGUGUUGUGACUAGAAGUUAGUGCAACAACUAGCUACAGCCAAUGAGAGUGCACAUGUCUUGCAUGUGCCAUCAAAUCAGUUCACACUUGUGUUGUUUUUUUUUUUUUUUCUUCCUCCUGGUGAAAUAUCUUAUAAUAUAAUUAGUAACCCUGCGUCGCUAAUAAGUCGUGUAGUGUGAACCUGGCAUUACUUAAGCACUUUUGCCUUUAAACCAUUACUAAAUUGUUAAAUUGUUUUAUUCAGAGUUAUUUCUCAGAGGAAGCAUCUGCAGGUCAUACAGGCAAUUUGUAUUUUAGAAACUGAUAAAAAUGUAUGACAGAAGAAGAUAUCAGUACUUGUGUUCACCAGAAACAGACAGAAACUGGAGCAUUGCUGUACGCACUAAUGGCAGUACAGAGCAUCAAGAACUCUUAAAGUUCUUCUUCUUUUACUUUGUAUAAUUUUUCCUUUAUUAAUCCAGAUUCUUCACACAUUCACACAUUUACUUCACUGUUCCAGUAGAGCUCUUAUAUUUUGUCUCUUUUUUUGUGUGUAAUCAGUUAUGUUUUCAGUAAAAUCUGUAAAAUUUGUAUCAUUUUUUCCUUAAUUAUACAACAUGUUCACUUGUACUACUUUUAUCACUAGAAAUAAAACCACCUUUAUUGACA